UGAGAAUUGAAUACUCGAUUUCAUCUAUGGUGGACUUCGUCAAUUUAAACAGGAAAGUUCGAUAAUUCAAUGAAUUAGGAUAAAUAAAAGGCAAAGGAAAAUUGACUAAAUGCACAAAAUGUCUUUAAGAACGUUAGUUGCUAAUGUACAGUUGACAACAAAGAUUCAGAGUAUUAUUGGGAGAAGAUGCUUCACAUCCAAAUCGGUGGAUGAACUUCUUGAAACUACUGAAGAAGAGCCAGUAUUUUUGGAGAAAACAAGUGAUAUAGAACACAAGAGAAAUAAAUCCAGACUGACCACAGCUCAUAGAAACAUGUUAUUCGGUCGAAAGCCUCACGAUGAACCAUACAUGUGGUUUCAUCAGACAGUGAAAUACAAAAGAAGAAUGUUAGGUAGGUAUGGUAUGGAGGCAGUGGGAGCACCCGCAGGAUUGUCUUGGCCUACACGCGAAGAAGUGGAAGAUGCUAAGGAAUACGAAAGAGUUGCGUAUCCGCUUACUAUUCAGGAAAGCUGGCAGAAGUUCAAGGAAGAUCGUAAAAUGAGGGAAGAAGCUACCAUGGCUAGGCAGAAUGCGAUUGAAGAAAAAAUGUAUAACAUGAACGAUUUAAUAGUCUCGGUAAGACAGAGAAUUGCGAAGAGACAAGCAGAAUUGGAAGAAGCUAAACAGAAGAAGGAGCGCCGUUUGAAAGAGAUCCGACGUGAAUUAAGUGCUCAGGGUAUUGUGACUAACGAAAAGAUUGAAAUGAUGUUAGAGAAAUACGAGAAGGAAGACAAGAAAAAGAAGAAACAAGCGAAAAAGCAAAAGCUUCUCGAGAGACAGCAGAAAUUGUUAGAGAAGAUUAAGUUGAUGGAGCAACCUGAAGCGGAGAAAGUAACGGAAACAUCUUCGCAAAACAAGGAAGCAUCACCAGAAGUUGAAGAACCUAAAAAAUAA